AUGAAGUCAAGAUGCGGUAAGGAGAUCAGAGAGGCGAUGGACCAGGGUGUGGCGUGGAUGUGUUGGGGUGCUCGCUGCUCGCUUUUCCAACACGCCCCCUUCUCCGGCCUUCACUACCCGCAGAUGCAGACGGCAGACAGUACGUCCGUUGCGACGCCAGGCUUGAAGCAAUGUCGAGUCGCAAUAGGCUCUUGCUACCUCGUUGGCGUGGGUGCAAUUAUCGCGGCAUUUCGGAUUCUCGAAAUAGUUGAGGCUCAGGCCGAAAAUAGAUUGCGACGAUACGAUAAUGAGGAGCAGGAGGAGAAUGAGACGAAUAUGGGGGUCCACAACGAGUACAUUGCAGUUUGUUUGCCUGUCAAAGACUCGGCUAUGGUUGUCUCAUUGUAUCCGUACAUACGGAUACGCAUAAUGCUGUUGAUUGUCAUGCCGGAGUCGACAGUGACCGCCGGACGUGUGCCUUUUUUCUGCUCGCUUGUUAAGGACGCGUGGAUAGAGAGUCAAAGCUGGAGAUGGUGGCCCGCUUCAUCGAACCCCGCUGGUGAGCACCAGCAGGGCAGCACUGAGAAGGAUUAUCGAAACUUCGAUCGUGGAGAGGGGGUGUGGGAGGAGUCAAGGACUGAGCCCUGGACCGUGAGUGAGGAGUACAGAGCCCAGGGACUCCCGUCGAGAGGAGAGGCCACCAACGAGUGCUCGGCCGUUUCAACUCUGAACUCUUUCGAGAAGGAAAAGUGGAGAGAAGAAGGGCAAGCGAGAUCCCAAGGAUCCCAAGGAUUCCAAGGGGACGUCGGGAAAACGCCAUUUUGGCACCCGCCGCAGCUGUCAAAUGACGGGAACUCUCCACUAUGCAGGGAACUAACACAAGCACCCGGUGGAAGCGCAAGGUACGAGGGACUUGUGGCAUGUGCUGCGAGGGUCGACUGCCACUGGUACCGGAGACCUAAUCAGGCUAUUAUUCGUGCCCCGGCCUUGUCAGAAACUUUCAACGCCCAGGCCAGGGAACCUUGGAAGGGAGUGGGCAAUGUCCAAAAAGGCGAGAAGGAGGAGGGGGAGGCAGGCGAAGCAUCAAAGCACCUCUCCGUUACCAGCACCAACCUUGUCUGUUCAUCUGUCUACACGAGACGAGCGGAAGCCAGUAAAGUUAACUUGAUAUAUGGUGGAUCUGGAGAGGAGGCGGUAAGGCGAGUCCGAAUGGAAUCCACUUGUCAAUUAUGGUAUUGGCUAUUGACGACUUGGGGGCAGAUUGAGCUCAGAUGGUGUCCGUACCUUUUGUUAGAAGCAUACCAAACAGUCUUUGGCCUCGAAUUAACUCAUGUUAAUGUACCCGCCAGCAGUACCCCCAUGCUUCACUUUGACUCCGACCGCAUCCUGGCCAUGCUCUCGGCUCAGAAAUCAGAAUGGGCCGCCGGCCCCGCCGAAACCCUCGUGGUGUACACUAGCAGGCCCGAGACGUCACGGACAUUUGACAUCGUCCUUGAACUCGAUUCUUCAGCGACAAGGGAUCGGCAUGAACAGAACAAGUGGAGAUGGCCUUCUCUUUUCCUUCUCGCCUGCUUCCACCACGCGAGGCUCGGGCGCGAGGACCGCAAUUCAAAUCUUUCCGGUGGAUGCAUAUCCGUUCGAAUCCAUAGACGAUGGCACGGCGACGAAAUCGGAGGGUACGGCACAGGUACUUUCCUGUCUCCCAUGCAAAACGACCUUCAGGGACAGGGUGGCAUGGAUAGCACAGCGCGGGACACGCUGUCCGAGGCCCCUGAACGGUCUCUGGAGUGGACCGAAGACGCCUGGCCUGGAGGCAGGAGAAAUAGAGAGAAGAAUGAGUUCGGGGCCCUGCCCUGCCCUGCCUGCUUCGACGAGCUGCAGUCUGCACCUGUGAAACCACGGGUCCAUCGUUCCAUCGCCGCCACAGAAGCCCUCCCCGACGGAGCAGUCCUAUCAAUGUCAUUUUGUCUUGGAGGUCGGCGUAUAGUCUCUGCCGGUGACUUUGAAGACUGCCCUGUGCUAUUUCCAAUUUGCACGAGCAUUAUGGAGUGUAUUUGUGUGAUCUCUGGCGGGGUCAAGUACGACGCCGAGCAAGGCAAAUGGCCGUUUGGUCGUACAUCCGGCCGCAUCAACAGAAGCCUUGCCAAUGAGUUAGCUUUGCCCACUAACCAUCUCUUCAAUAGUUUGCAGCAGUCUGCCUCGAAGCCUCGCGGAACAAGAUAUGUUGUCAACCGCGUGCGGGCGUCUAUGACCAUCAUAAAAGGCUGCUCUUCGCAUAGUCUAGGGUUGUCUCGACAUCUUUCGUCUCCUGCGUUGCACCCAGCGUCAGUUAUCACCCGAAGUGCGAAGGCGUCUUCCUCGUUCAAGCUGGGGGAGAAACAAGCAGCCCCCAGCACCGAACAGCAGUGGCCGGAGACGUACGAACAAUAUUUGUUUUGCCGGCUCGACAAGAGCUGCAGCCCGGGGAGUAUCCAUGUCCUUUCUCGCGUGGCCGGGCAUCUGACCUCGUCCACUAUUCGGAAUGACACCUCGCGUAUCCCGGCAUCAAAAAGAUCCACCAAGCUGUUGGACUUGCCUUGGCAAAAGUCCAUCCGAGAGUAUCACAAGGAGGCUUACAGAUGGAUGAUCACCUGUGCGGCUAUUACUCCGUUGCGCACAGGCGAUUAUUCCAGACGCGAUAAUGGGGGGCCUGGAACAGGUAGAAGGAACAUGGUGCUGGCAACGUACGAAUAUGUUUGGUAUUAUGAUGUCGACAGUGUUGCCGAUCACGACUGGCCGUUCAGAGUGGCCCUCUGUGACGCGCUGUUAGUGAUAGAUCACCCUCUCGUGAUCAUUGCUAGCCCUUUGGUCAUCUUUGUUCCAUUCCGUCGAGACUUGAGGAUGGUCGAGCCAACACAGGUUGCCAUAAAUGACAAGAAGCCGAGGACCCUUCGUCAUUCAGGUCGCGACGCUUGUAUUUCGUUGGGCAUCAGUGCUCAAGUACAAGAGUUGGCUCCUUUGACAGCUUUUAAUCAAAAGAGGCUUGAGAGGCUUGAGAUGAGACCUGUAGAUCCUGCAACUCUUUCGUGGGUGCAUUUGAGUUUAUGGAGCCGAAACAUCAGAAAGCUGGAAUUCAGAAUGGUAAUGAUCGACGCCAAUACGCGACUGGCUUGCAGGCAUGUUGUCCGAAAACUGUGCAUGCAAAUUACGUCUCCAGGGGUCGAUAUUGGUAGUUGUCAGGUCGGCGGCACGGAUGAGGUACACAGAAAUAGAGUAGCACUCUUGCUGUCUCUUCGUACAAAGUCAGAAUAUCCAUCGGCUGCAGUGCCUCCGGGGUGCCAGGUGCUAACGACGUGCCAGCUUAGCAACUAG